AUGCCGCGCAGGAGAGUAAGCCGAUUGACUCCCACUCCACCACCUGAGAUUCCCACUCCACUGCUUGAGACUCUCACCCUACCACCUACAAUCCCCGCUCCACCACCAGAGAUUCCUACUGCCCAGCCUGAGGAUGCUACUCCUCUACCAGAGACCAGUGCAAAUCCGACUGUACCUAUGAUGAGGAGAGGAGAGCCCGCCUCUUCGAGGACGGCUUACGUUACGAUCUUCGAGGUCGUGUUAUUGGGCAUUAGCUCCCAACUUUUGAGGGAUGCGUCGACCACAGCAGAGGCACACAGGUCACUCAGCCUUCCGAGCAUCAGCAGGACCUCCGGUACCACCUCCGAGGCAGUUCACCGGCACCUGUUUUGGGUGUGGUGCAAUGGGGCACCGUAUGUGGGAGUGCCCCCGCCCCCAGCAACAACAGUAACUGAGAGGUUCAUAGCAGCAUUAGAGAUCCCCGCAGCAGUAGCGACAUCAGGCCCCACCACCAAGGCCCCCUCAGCAGCAGCAUCAGCACCAACCUCCGAGGCCACAGCAGCAAAGGCAACAGUUUCGUCCACCUCAGCGACACUAGCAGUAGCAGCACACUCAGAGGGGACAGGACCUCCUCAGCCGGCUCAGGCUAGGUUCUACGUGGCUCAACAGGAUCCGUAG